AUGGCAUUCAAAAAAGUCGCUGUAAUCGGCCUCUGUGCCGUCCUGGUGGUGGCGGCAGCCGCCGUAUUCCUCGUCCGGGACAAACACGAAAACGAACAAAACGUCCACGACAACAUCAACCAGUCCCAAAAGGCGGCCAUUCAAGACCUCUGCCAAACGACCCACUACCAGCAAACGUGCGUCUCGGCCCUCACCAAGGCCUCCAAUGCCUCCGACCCGAAAGCCCUUAUCGAGGCAGGCUUCCACACGGCCAUUCAAGAGCUCAAGCGCGUGAUCACCCAGACGGGCCCGCUUCAAGAGGCUGCCCGGGACCCCCGCACCGCUGGGGCCUACAAGACGUGCCGUAAGCUUCUGGAUGACUCCAUUUACGACCUCGAAGAGACCGUCAAUCGAUUCGGAGCCCUGUUCGACACGACCGACGAUUUUCGCCUAUUGAUCGACGAUAUCAAAACCUGGCUCACGGGGGCCCUCACGUACCAGGACACGUGCAUGGAUUGUUUCGAGGGCAUAGAAGGUGAAGCAAGCAAGAAAAUGGAGAAGCUUCUGAAACUGUCGCGUGAGCUGACGAUAAACGGGCUGGCAAUAGCGAAUCAGCUAACGGAUUUCCUAGCGCCAGCUGGGGCCAGCACCGGGAGGCGCCUCAUGAUGACAGGGUUCAAGCUUAGAGAUUAUGAUAAUGAUUAUGAUUACAGAGGUAAGACCAAUGGUGGUCGUCGCAGGCUUUUCGGAGUCGAUCCGCCUGAAGACGGCAGCGAUUACUAUUAUGAUUACGCAGGCCAUAAGAAAGGAAACCGCAGACACUUGGGAGCAAGAGAUUCUAUAGCCGGGCUCAAAGAUUAUGACUAUGGAUAUGAUUACAGAGGCAAAACUAAUGGAGGUCGCAGGCUGUUUGGGCUCAAAGAUUACGACUAUGGGUAUGAUUACAGAGGCAAAACUAAUGGAGGUCGCAGGCUGUUUGGAGCAAGAGAUUCUGCAAAAUACGGGCUGGGGCUGAAAGAUUACGACUAUGGGUAUGAUUACAGAGGCAAAACUAAUGGAGGUCGUAGGCUUUUGGAGGCCGGGGCCAAGAGUAUCCGCCCGAACGUGGUGGUAGCGAAAGAUGGAUCCGGGAAGUACAAAACGGUUAACGAAGCCCUGCUGGAAGCCCCGCAAAACAGUAACAAGACGUUUGUGAUUUACAUCAAAGAAGGUGUGUAUGAGGAAUAUGUUACUGUGAACAGGACAACCUGGUCCGUAAUGUUCCUUGGGGAUGGCCCCACCAAGACGAGGAUUGUCGGGGACAAGAGCUUCGUAGGUGGAUAUGAAACAUUCUGGACUACAACCGUGGCAAUCGAGGGGGACGGUUUCAUAGCGAGGGACAUGGGGUUCGAGAACCGGGCAGGUCCCAAGAUGAUGCAGGCAGUUGCGGUGCGCGUAUCCGCUGAUAUGUCGCUCUUCCACAACUGCCAGCUGGAUGGGUUCCAGGACACCCUGUACGCGCACAACCACCGCCAGUUCUACCGGGACUGCACCAUCAGCGGCACAAUCGACUUCAUCUUUGGCAACGCGCGUGCCGUCUUCCAGAACUGCACCCUACUCAUCCGGAAGCCACUGGAGACUCAGAAGAUGUGCAUGGUGACGGCACAGGGGAGGACCCUCGUGAACCAGACUUCAGCCACCGUGCUCCAGAAUUGCAGGAUCCUUCCGGCGCCCGACUACCCGGUGAACGACAAGUCGUACAAGGCAUACCUGGGCCGGCCGUGGAAGGACUUCUCGCGGACCAUCGUGAUGGACAGCGAGAUCGAUGGGGUGAUAAACCCUGACGGGUGGGCUACGUGGGAGGGGUCGACAGCAAAUCUGGGCACGUGUUGGUAUGCGGAGGUGAAUAACAAGGGCCCAGGGGCCGACCUGAGCAGGCGGGUCAAGUGGCCAGGGAUCAAGGCCGUGUCUGUCCAAGGGGCAGCGGCGUUCGCCCCAGGGGAGUUCAUGGUUGGGGAUUCCUGGAUUGCCGAUAAGGGGAUACCAUAUAAUCCUGCUCGGAUGCAGAGGCCGGACGCGGAGGUUAGAGGCGGAGGCUGGAGGCAGUCAUUGAAGGCCGACGCGGAGAUCCGAGACGGAGGCAGAGGCGUGGGUGCCUGGGCAGAGGUCGGAGGCCGGAGGCGUGAGGAGGCUGAAAGCGAGCGACGCGACGAGGCUAGGGUUAGGAGGAGAGGUGCGUGCGAUUGA